CGUUCCAAAAACCCUAAAUCAUAUAGCUUCGACUAUCUGCAUCAUCUCCUCUGUAAUUCGACUAUCUCCAUCAUCUCAGCUCUUCCUCAAUAUUUUUUCCUUUUCUCACUUUAAUAACAACUUGGUUCCCUACUCGGUGCUCUCGGACAUGCUAUAGCUUUGCUGCCGGUGGCUUCUCUCUUCAUUGACGGAUCCCAGAUCUCUCGCCAGAGACGGUUGCUUUAAUCGCCGGAAACAGUUGCUUUCAAUCGCUUAUUCAAUUAUAUCUCGACUCUGCUGCCGCUCUUCAGGAACAGAUUCAAAUUUGAAAGAAAAAUAGGAAGCUACAUCAAUGGAUUCACAAGGCCAAACAACUUCUCUGCAACGACUUCAGAAUGUGGAAAAGAGAAUUGUCAAGGUUUUGGAGCUUGCUGGAGGAGUCAUGGAUGAGCUUGCAAGUCCAGUUGGUCCUAGAAAAGAUCUUGUUCAAAAUCACUGCCUGGAGUUCAUGCAAUUAAUCAAGGACAUCCAAGUAGCGUUGCGUGAUGAAAUCAAAAGUGCUUGUGAAUAUCGUCCAUUUGAAAAAUGUGAUUAUGGUCCAAGAAUAGCCAAUGAGAUAUGUUUCAAGAAGGUGGAAUAUGUCAUGUCACAGUUGGAUGCAAUUAAACAAACUAUAGAUGGGUAUACUGCAGAACCCUGAAAUUUUUUGCACUUUAGUUCUCCUAUAGAAGCUGCAUGUUUUGAAAUUCAGUCUGUAGUUUGGAAUUAUUGCAGCGUGCAAGUGACUCAUUUAUGCAUUCAUUUAGAGGGCUAUUUGGACAAUAUGUAUGUAUUGUGUCUUUCUAUCUUGUACACUAAACACGUAUAUGCCUGAUUGUGAAGUACUGGAUUUUGUUUUCAUGAUAA